AAAUUUACAGGUGCCAAAGCAUGUAGCUGCUUUAUCCCGUUUACGUUACUUCCAAACAGAGCAAAAUAGAAGCCAACUUUCAAUUUCUCUAAUCUUUUCUUUUUUCUUUUGAAAGAUAUUAGUAAACGUUUUAAACGGUUCACGAACUGCGGAGCUUUCUGGGAACUUCAAAUUCCGCGCCAAUAUGAAAUCCGAAGGCCCAAAAAGCGGCACUAGUCCGGCGGCCAUGCUCGCCUCUCUCAUGGGCAAGAGAGAGAAUCUUCGUGAAGAGCUCCGUAAUAUUGAGAAACAGGUGUACGAGUUAGAGACAAGCUAUUUGCAAGAUUCAGGCCAUUUUGGGAAUGCGCUCAAAGGUUUUGAAGGGUUUCUAUCUUCGUCGAAAAGCACUACAAAUUUAAAAAGGUCCAGGAAAUUUCAGCCAGAAGAUAGACUUUUCUCAUUGUCAUCAGUUACCUCGCCAGCAGCUGAAGAACUUGGAUUUGGACGUGAUGAUGGGAGAUCUGAUCUUGGUCUCGGUCGGUCUAAGGGCGGAUCCUUAGCUACUAAUGGGCAGGGGAAACCAAAAAAGGGAAGAACAUCAAUCGGACCAAGAGAUGUAAAGAAAAUCAGGUCAUCAAAUGAAGCUGAAUUUGAUGAGGAAGAUGAUCCUGAUAUGGGCUUGAGAUAAUUACUUAAUAUAGACCUGCACUAGAUGUAAAUUAAGAUGUAGGGAAAGUUGUGGUAAAGUCCAGAUAAUUACUCUGCAAUAUGAGUUAUAACCAUUUCUUAGUUGACCCAUUUGAGCUGUGAAUGGGCUUCUUGUAUUUUAUUUUAUUUGUUCUUCGAUGACCCAAUUGAGCUAUAAAUGGGCCUGUUUUUAUCUUCA